UGGAGUGGAGCGGGGCAGAGCUGGCGGGACGGGACGGGACAGGACGCGGCGCUAGGCUCGGCGCCACACCCCUAGCAGCUCCCACCCUAGGCAGACCGCCCGGUUCUCCCUCAGAGUCUCCACAGAAACUUUCCUCUCUGUCCUCUGCGCCACCUCGAGUUGCUUAGCCGACCGCUGGCGGGGAGGACACCCGUCCUCUGUCCUGGAGACGCCCUCCGGGACGCGUGCAGCCCUGCCUUCGGGGACUUGGGUCCAGCCCCGGACCAGGCGGAAGGUUCCUACAGAACAGCCUGGCUUUCCUGGGCCGUCGGUGCUUCCUGGAGUUGCGGAAUAAAGGAGCUCUGCGAGCCUCCCCAUGCUCUCUGUUGACAUGGACAACAAGGGAAAUGGCUGUGUCGGUGUAAAAAAUUCCAUGGAAAAUGGGAGACCUCCUGACCCUGCAGACUGGGCUGUGAUGGACGUCGUGGAUUAUUUCCGAACAGCAGGAUUUGAGGAGCAAGCCAGCGUUUUUCAGGAACAGGAAAUUGAUGGAAAAUCCCUGCUUUUGAUGACGAGAAAUGACGUGUUGACAGGACUUCAGUUAAAAUUGGGGCCUGCUCUGAAAAUCUAUGAGUAUCAUGUAAAACCUCUUCAGACCAAGCAUUUAAAAAACAGCUCUUCAUAGUAAAAAUCAAGUUGAGGACUCAGUCCUCAGAACAAAAUACACAAUGAUGUAAUUUAGUUUCAUGUUGUGAAACUUCAAAAACAGAAUACAUACAUGUGCAUAUGUAAAGAAUUUUAAUCCAAAAAAAGUGUUAUCCUAUUGGAUAGACUAAGGCAAUCCAUCAGCUGGCCUGACUCAGCCUGGAGGAGCACAAACAGAGUGGACAUAAGAUGGCUGUCCUUGUUAAACUGAGUCAUCAUUGACUCUUAGGUAGCCCCCACCUCAGGGGCUUUGAAAUUACAAGAACUUUCUUUAUUUCAUCAUAACAGUUUUCCACUAACUCCUUAAUAAAGAGGGUGGAAGUGGAAUGAGUGUUUUUGGUUUAUAGAAUCAGAAAUGAACACAAACAAAACCCUUUGGGGGAGGGAGAGAGGAGAGAGGGAUUGCUGUCUUUCCCGAGGCACUCUGUUCCUGGAUGUAUGUUCCUUGGAUGGAAUUGCCAACACCCUUUUUUUGUAGAGGGUGCUCCACUUGACCUUGUUAAGGUUUCACAGGGAUAUGCUGUGCUGUGUUUGAUUCGAACAUGAGCCAGGCCCCCUUAGGAGCAGAACUCUCUCUGAGGAGAGAAACUUGUUUUGCACUGGAGAUAUCCACUGUAAUCAACUUACUGUCAUGGGGCAAGACUGUUUCCUGCUUACAUUGGUUCUUUGUUGCUGAAGAAAGCAUUUUGUUUUUUGUUAUUUGUUUUAUUGUUGUUGCUUUAUGGUUUGUAUUUAUAUUAAUUUUUUGCUGAAGAGAUUUGCCAAGAGUUAAUAGAUCCCAAAGCUUUGUUAAUAGCACAGAAUAUUUUUCUAUAUAUGUAGUCCUCCAUGAUGCUGUAAUAUUUUUUUAAUUGUCCUAUGCUGUGUUUGGUCCCAUGUUUGAGUACUUGUCUUUCAGAACUUGAAAAAGUGGGCUUGCUACAUCUCUGUUCAAAGAGACACUUAUUGAGUGAUGUGUGUCCGCGCCUCAUUGAGUUGGUGCUUUGUGAUUGCAAUAAAACACCCCUUCAUUUCACCAAG